AUAAAUACACAAACAUUAAAGAGAAGAAGAUAUGAGAAGGAUUCAAAGCCAUAAGCUCCCAUGCUUACAUUGUCAACCUCAUGGUUUCAUUAGAAUGGUUCAUCAUUUGAUAGAAAGGUGCAUGCUUUUCAGUAUGAGUCGAGAUGAUUGUAUGAGAACGCUUGCUGAGCAUGCUGACAUCCAUCCCAUUGUUACCCUUACAGUGUGGGAAGAACUACUUAAAGAGAAUAAGAGCUUUUUCCAAGCGUACUCACAUUCUGUUUCAGAAAACAACAGAUGGCCACAAGAGACUGAUAACGCCAACCAUUACGGAAGAACAUAGAUGUCACAUAGGAGAUGAUAUUAGUUGGUAGUUUGCUAUAACUGUUUUUGCAACAGUUUGUUAUAUGAAAUAUGCAAAAUUUUACUUUUUAGAAUUUUCUUAAUGAUGUUUCUUUCUUGAAGUUUGCAUGGUAAAAUUACUCAUUUACCAGUUAUCAAUAUUUAUCAACAUUCU